CGAUUUUCUUUCGUUCUUGAUAUCAUACUACAAUUACAGAGCGUUCAAUCCUAGUACGGCUCUAGACGAUAUCGUUCUCCCUUUAGCCAAUUCACAUCACUCGAAAAUACCCAUCAUGCCUUGCGAUCACUACUCUCUCCAAGUUCCAGAAUCUAAAUUCGAGGAUGUCGUAGCCUUCCUCCUUACAUCUCUCAAGCAUAUCGGCUUCAAAGAAUUCUAUCGACCAAUCCCAACUUGCGUCGGCUUGGGUGACGGACGACCAUAUCUCUGGAUCCAAGCCGUUCCCGAGGGUGAUGGCCUUGGGGAGGCUCUAGAGAUCCUGCUCUCGAAACAUCAUACUCACAUGGCAUUUACUGCUGAGACUCACGAGCAAGUCCAAGAGUUCCAUACCGCUGCUUUGAAGGCAGGCGGGAAAGAUAACGGCGCACCUGGCUUGCGACCACAAUUUGGUCCGAAUUACUAUGCUGCCUUCGUUAAGGACCCUGCGUGCGGUAUCAAUUUUGAGGUUAUCUGCCGUGCUGAAGCUUCAUAAGAGCCGCAGAUUUAGCUUUGGUGUUAAUUUUGGAACCAGGCAGUAAAGGCGAAUGGCGAAGAUGCAGAUACUGUAGCGUAGUGACGGGCCGUUUGAUAUCAUCAAUCUAUCUCAGAACAAUCUUCAAUUUAU